CUUGUCGGGUUUAUUUUGGCCCGUUUCUCCGUGACUCCGCCCCGCGCAUUCCUGUGCGUCUGGGCAGUGAGGAAGAGGAGGAGGAGGAAGGGGAGGAGGAGGAGGAGGAGGAACGAGAGCCUGCAGAAGGCUUCCCGAGACGAGAUGAUUACCAACAACAACAGCGUCAACACCUCACCUCUCUCCCGACUCUCCUUUCUUUUAUUUCUACUUUGACAAGUUGUUGGAAACUUUUCGCUUCUUCCUCUUUCUUUUUUUUGCAGGAGGGGGGGCGAGUUUUUAAGUUUUCAGCCCGACUGCAUCGCCGCCCUUUACUUUUCUUUUUUUUUUCCUCUUUUCUUUUCUCCGGCUAAAAAACACAAAAACAAACCGGCCAGAAGCCCAGCGGGUGCGCGUGUGUUGUGUGUGUGUGUGUGUGUGUGUGUGUGUGCUCGCGUGUGUGUGCGCGUGCCACCAUGGAGAUCCUGGACGGUAGUGAACCGUUCCUGCACUGGGACCGGAACCUCAGCGAGCUGUCCGAGGCCGGAGAGAUCGACCGUGUGCUCUACACCAAUCACUUCUCCGAGCUCCUGGACGAUCUCUCCCAGGAUGCUUUGCUGGGCCAGCUGCUCAGCGACCCCUUUCUGUCGGGGGGGAGAGGCGGAGCGGAGGCCAUGGAGGGGGAGGACGGCGGCGACCUGUCCCCGUCCUCCCCUCUGCCCCCCCACAUCACGGCCGAGCACAGCUACUCGCUCUGCGGGGACAGCCGGCCGCAGUCGCCCCUGUCGCACCUGACCGGAGAGCAAGGCAGCGACGCCGAGUCCGAUGGGGACUCCGCCGAUUGGCCCAUGGAGCAGGAGGACGCCAUCGACAGCUUCCUGUGCGAGACUCCGUCCCUCCUCCCCGCCCUCUCCCUCUCUCUGGCCUCCAGCGACGGGGCCCGGGGCGCCGAGGGCCGCGCCGCCGCCCCUGCCGCCGCAGCCUCCUCCUCCUCCUCCUCCUCCCCCCCCCCGGCUCGGGCCGCGGCCGGCUUCAAGGUGAAAGAGGAGAACAUCAUCCCGCAGAUCAAGCUGGAGCCUCACGAGGUCGACCAGUUCCUCAAUCUUUCGCCCAAAGGUCUGGAGCCGCUGCAGAUGCCCCCCACCCCUCCCAGCUCCCACGGCAGCGACUCGGAGGGCAGCCAGAGCCCCGUGCACGCCCCCCCCGGCCUGUCCUGCCCCGCCUCCCCCGCCAGCCCUCCUCCCUCCCAGGCCGGCCUGAAGGCGUCGCCGCGCGCCGCCUCCUCCCUGUCCAACUCGCCUCUGUUGACCGCCGCUCACAAGCUGCAGGGCUCCGGCCCGCUGAUGCUGACGGAGGAGGAGCGCCGCACGCUGGUGGCCGAAGGGUACCCCGUCCCCACCAAGCUGCCGCUCACCAAGGCCGAGGAGAAGGCGCUGAAGAAGAUCCGCAGGAAGAUCAAAAAUAAGAUUUCGGCUCAAGAGAGUCGCAGGAAGAAGAAAGAGUACAUGGACGCUCUGGAGAAGAAGGUGGAGACCUGCUCCAACGAGAACCACGAGCUGCGCCGGAAAGUGGAAACUCUGGAGUGCACCAACAAGUCUCUGUUACAGCAGCUGCAGUCUCUGCAGGCGGUGGUGGCCGGUAAAGUCCCCAAAUCCUGCAGGAUGGCCGGCACCCAGACGUCCUCGUGCCUAAUGGUGGUCGUGUUGUGUUUUGCUCUGUUUUUGGGGAGUUUCUACCCGGGGGGGUUGAGUCCGUGUUCCAGCAUCACUGACAGCGGCCUCGCUUCCAAACAGCCGCCUGUAGAGGACUCUUACACAACCACAGUGAAGUCGAGGAAUCUGCUGUCGACCUUCGAGGACGAGCAGCCCCACCUCCUCGGCCUGGGCGGCGAGUACCCCGACCAAUGGGAGGAGACCACGGCCGUCGUCAUGGCGGCGUGGCGGCGCUCGGAGCAGCAGAAGGCGUCCGCGGAGCCCGGCGCCGCGGAGGCGCACGCGCCCUUCAGGAACGCCAGCGGCGACGCGGCGACGUCCAAAGACCUGCUGCUGGAGCUGCACAGGUCUCCGGAUCAGAGGACGAAUGAGAGCAGCAGAAAAGUGUUGGAGCUGGAGCGAAGAGUGAAGGAGACCUCCUGAGAUUUACGCCCCCCCCCCCCCCCCCCCCCAACACACACACACGCCAUGAUGACCUUUGACCUGCCCCCUGUAGAGCUGGUUCAGUGUCCUGGAGCAAACCUCAUACAGUAGUUUCCACUGCUGAUUGUUCCAUCUCUGCUUGAUCAGAUACACUGUAAUAAUAAUAAUAAUAAUAAUAAUAUUAAUAACGACGGUUGUCGCCUUAAGUGAAGUUGCACUGAAUAUUUUUUCAACUUGUUUCUAGCUUGACUCGCAUUGUGAUGAGUUGAAAUAGAUGUAUUGAACAGUGCAGCGUGGAAUCUAUUCCAGUGGAAAGUAUAUUAUGACAUUUGAGGCUUUUUACAGGACAUUGACGGAGAACCUUUGUAUUUAUAGAAGCUUUUUUAUUUUAUUUUCAUAAAAUUGUUGCUCUUUGUAGUUCAUUUGUUAUUAAAUGUUUUAUUUUCAUUCCAGCUUUCAUCCCAUUUUGAUAUGUGUUCAUAAUAUAUUUUCUUAUUUCAAUGUUCUCUUUUAAAUGUUAUAUAUUCUAUUCCGCUGACUCGAUAUUUCAUUUCAUUGAGGUUCUCAGUCAGUUCCUGCACUCACUUAAAAGAAAAGUUUCUUGGUGUUAUAAAGUCACAUUUGGGGUGUUUUUAGCUCAGUUAAUCAAUUUGCAGCUCAAAUUUUGCAUUAAUAAAUUCCCAAAAAAGUUAGCCUGUUAGCUUAGCAUUAAGACUUAGAUGGCCUUGCUCUGAUCAUUUUUACCAGCAACAAUGUAACCGCUGAGCUGCACCAUUUUCCUCAUUUGAGCUUCAUAGGUGCGAGGCUAGUUGUUCCCCUCCGUUUCCAGUAUCUAUGCUAAGCUAAGCUAAGCUAAUCUAAGCUAAGCACCAUCUUCACAUGCGGUUGUGCAAACGUGAGACCGGUAUUAAUCUUUUUUCCAUCUCACUGAUUUUUAUCCUUGAGUAUCAAACAGUUUCUUUGAGUUGUGCGCAGGAGCAGUGAUGCUUUUCACUGUCCUUGUUUUAAAAAAAACCUUUCUCCUUUGAAAUUGAAAAAAAAAUCCUAACUAUUUUUGUAAAUUUGAGUUGUGAAUAAAUGAGCAAGUCUUAAUGUGAGUGGGACCUGUAGUUUAUAAACCCAUCCAUAAUUCAUUCAGAGUGUAUUUGGGGAAUGAUGAACGUCGGGUUUAGUUUGUUAAUUACACAUCAUGGCUUUAAAAGUCUUAUUUGUUUGAAAGUGUAUUACACGUGUUGUUGUUGUUUUUGUAUUAUUAUUCCUGAGCUUUAUUGAAACAUGUUCUUUCAUGUGUGUUACAGACAGUUCACUUUAUUCUGCAUCCAGGUUGUAAAUACAAACGUCCCACCUGUUAAAAAAAAAAGUUAUUUAAGUCCAGAAACGUCAGGAAUGUUAUUUUGCAAACUGAGGUUGAAUCAAAGUGUUCAAAGGACCAGAAAACAACAUUUGCAUGUGUGUGUCUCAUAUUUCUUUGUGCAUCAAUCUGUGGAUCAAAGAUGUUCAUCCGUCUGGAUGCUUCAGUCUGUGCUCUGCAGCCACAGUUGAGUCAUAAAACGCAAGAUUUUAAGUUUAUUUACACGUCUCUUCCUGUGGAAACGAGCCUUCUUCUCUCCUUUCAGCUUUAAUUUCCGUGUUGCUUCACGUGAAGCCACUUCCGUCUCGAAUGAACCGAGUACUUUCUUCAGUAAAAGCAUAUUUUGCAAAACUC